GCCCUAGGGUACUCUCGAGACAACAUAAAAUCAACCCUUCGCAGCUCCAGUCGCUGGGAGCUUGCAGGAAGCAUUCGUCCCGACUCUUGCCAUCCCCGCAAGCUUCUCAAGAUCUCAAAGAGAACGAACUGCUCCUAUCCUCACUUGGUUCGACGCUUCGCGAUAUUUUUCCGAUAACCGACUUGUGUUCAACAAGCCAUGGCCUCUAACGGCGGCUCUGGAGCGCAUACACCCCAAACGCAAGCGCAGGUCCAACCAUGUCGAUACAAAACAGGGAAAACACUAGGUGCGGGCAGCUACUCUGUGGUUAAGGAGUGUGUGCACAUCGACACAGGGAGAUACUAUGCCGCAAAGGUCAUCAACAAGAGACUUAUGGCCGGUCGAGAACACAUGGUCAGAAAUGAGAUUGCGGUCCUGAAGAGGGUGUCGAUGGGUCACAGGAACAUUCUGACUCUAGUGGACUACUUCGAGACCAUGAACAAUCUCUACCUUGUUACCGACCUUGCACUUGGAGGGGAACUAUUUGACCGAAUCUGUCGCAAGGGCAACUACUACGAGUCUGAUGCCGCUGAUCUAAUUCGAGCAACUCUUUCCGCCGUCGCAUACCUCCACGAUCACGGCAUUGUACACCGAGAUCUCAAGCCUGAGAAUCUUUUGUUUCGAACACCAGAAGAUAACGCCGACCUACUGAUUGCGGAUUUUGGCUUGUCUCGUAUCAUGGACGAGGAACAGUUUCACGUUCUAACCACGACGUGCGGAACUCCAGGCUACAUGGCACCUGAGAUCUUCAGGAAGGCGGGACACGGCAAGCCUGUUGACAUCUGGGCCAUUGGUGUGAUAACUUACUUUCUUCUCUGCGGCUAUACACCAUUUGAUCGUGACUCGAACCUUGAAGAAAUGCAAGCCAUCCUAGUGGCCGAUUACUCGUUCACUCCUCUCGAGUAUUGGCGCGGCGUUUCCCUCACAGCCCGUGAAUUCAUUCGACGCUGUCUAACCGUUGACCCAGCAGCACGCAUGACCUCGCAUGAAGCGCUCUCUCACCCUUGGAUCACAGAUCUUAGCAAGAACCUUGCGGAAGGCGAAGAAGAUCUGUUGCCAACCAUCAAGAAGAAUUUCAAUGCAAGGCGCACACUUCACGCCGCUAUCGACACGAUUCGCGCGAUCAACCAACUUAGAGCAGGCGGCGGAGCUGGUAUGAUGGAUGGUGUACGAUCAGGCGAACCCAGACGAGGUGCUCCACCAAUGAACAUCCCGCAGCCGGCAGAUGAGGAUCCCAUGGAAGUCGACAGCAUUGAUAGCAGAGGGAAUGGACACGGCCAGACGGAAGAGAUGAUCCGGGAGCAAGAGCGCAGGAUUCGUGAAACGCAGCAGGGGCUGUGGGGUAAGAGGUGAUGAGACCUUACAUAUUGAUUCUGUUUCUUUUUCUGAUCUCAUUCGAGCGCGCCGAUACUCAGACACGAUGCAAGCAUAUAGGAUAGUAGAUCGACGCAGGACGUUUCUAAAUACCUUUUCUUUGACGAGGUAAUCCUUUUAAACAGAGUUUCUUAGUUUAGACUUGCGUACGACAUA